UUAGAGAACUCAUAGCCAUUUAUUGAAAAAUUGUUCAAUAAAACUCAGUUUUGAAAACUCUGUUCGUUUACAAAGAUGUCGUAUGUUAGAGCUACGAUUUCGACAUGGAUAAUAAUUGUAGUAUUAUUAUUAUUAUUGGGAUGGAAAUUAAUGGACUGGAUUUGGUUAAGGCCGAAGAAAUUAGAGAAGGUUUUAAGACGGCAAGGAUUCGCCGGAAAUUCUUACCGGAUUCUGUACGGCGAUUUGAAGGACAGAGCCGCCAUGAGAGAGAAGGCCAUCUCCAAGCCCAUGAACUUCUCCAAUCAUAUUGCUCCACGUGUUAUUCCUUCUGUUCAUCAUACCAUCCAAAAUUAUGGCAAGAAUUCAUUCAUGUGGCUUGGCCCCAUACCAAGAGUUCACAUUAUGGACCCUGAACAACUUAAAAUUGUGUUCUCAUUGAUCAAUGAUUUCCAAAAGCCAACUUUGUAUCCCCUUAUCAGAUUGGCUGCAGAUGGACUUUUCAGUCAUGAAGGACCAAAAUGGGUCAAACACAGAAAGAUAAUCAACCCUGCAUUUCAUUUAGAAAAGCUUAAGGAUAUGGUACCAGCAUUCUAUCACAGUUGUAACGAGAUGGUUAGCAAAUGGGAAAGCAUGGUCUCUGUAGAGGGAUCUUGUGAGUUAGAUGUAAUGCCUUAUCUACAAAAUAUGGCGGCUGAUGUGAUCUCUCGAACUGCAUUUGGGAGUAGCUAUGAGAAAGGAAAAGAGAUCUUCAAGCUUCAAACUGAACUAGCUGGUUUGGUGAUUCAAUCUACCUUAGGGAUUUAUAUUCGAGGAUGGAGAUUUCUACCCACAAAGUCAAACAAUAAAAUGAAAGAGAUAAGUAAAGAGAUAACAUCUUUGAUCUUGGGCAUUAUGAAUGAAAGGGAAAAGUCUUUAAAGGCAGGUGAGGCUAUACAAACUGAUCUACUAAGCAUUCUCAUGGAAUCCAAUUUGAAGGAAAUCAAACAACAUGGAAACAAUAAAGACAUUGGAAUGAGCAUAGAAGAUGUUAUUGCUGAAUGCAAACUUUUCUAUAUUGCUGGCCAAGAAACUACAGCUACAUUACUAGUUUGGACGAUGGUAAUGUUGAGUUCAUACCCAGAAUGGCAAGAGCGAGCAAGAGCAGAGGUCUUUGAUAUUUUUGGCAACAAGAAACCAGAUUAUGAUGGUUUAAGUCGACUAAAAGUUGUACCUAUGAUCUUGAACGAGGUUCUCAGGUUAUACCCACCAGUGAGUAUGUUUAGUCGUCUUGUUAAAAAAGAAACAAAACUCGGAAAAUUGACUUUACCGGCGGGAGUGAUGUUGGGCUUACCAACUGUUCUUAUCCAUCGUGAUCCUGAGUUAUGGGGAGAAGAUGCAGAUGAAUUCAAACCAGAAAGAUUUUCUGGGGGAGUUUCUAAAGCAACCAAAUAUCCAAGUGCUUUUAUACCAUUUGGUUGGGGUCCUCGAAUAUGCAUAGGACUAAACUUUGCCAUGAUUGAAGCAAAAAUGGCAUUAUCAAUGAUCCUACAGCGCUUCUCAUUUGAGCUUUCGCCAUCGUAUACACACACUCCCACUGCCGCCUUAACAACACAACCUCAACAUGGAGCUCAUAUCAUACUACACAAACUAUAGUUAGCUACUUAAACUAAGUAUUACCUUGCACAUUAUUAGAAGGCUAGGAAAGUUCUUUGCUUUGCCUAUGUAUAAUUUCAAAUGCUUUGAGAAAAAUAUACCUACACAUGGUAUUGAUAUUUUCCUUUCAACUAAAUUCCCUUUUCAGUGUUCACCAACUCCUAAAUAAACAGUUUUCAGGCUAAAGGCAUCUACUUCCUAUUGGGCUUGAGAUGGAUUAACGCUUGUAUUUGUACCA